UGUCCUCCCUCCCCUCCUUCUCUCCGGCGCUCCAUCCCUCUCUCUCUCUCUGUCUCUCUCUCUCCUCACAGACAGGGGCGGUCGUUCUCAGUCUGCGCACAUAUUCCACUUGGCCAGCAUCACUUGGAGUCCACAGACACAGCGCUGAUUGAACGAGCGGAGGGGAGCUCAUUUUCAGAGCGCAUGAUUGUGUUAUAGGGGCUUCACUAGACUGUCAUGGUCAGAGGCAGAUAGGGAGAGAGAGAGACAUAGAGAAAGAGACAGUAAAGCCAUUUCAACCACGCCUUUAAAUAGUAAAUAAUCAAAAAAAGAAGAAACAGGUUCUGUUGGAUUUUGCCCAACUAACCUUGCUUGAGUUUUUUUUUCAGAGGGAAAGUGUUUUAUUUUCAUCUUGGGGAAGAAUAGACUCUGUGGAAUCCAGCAGCGGUGAGAUUCAGCUGCCCGCGUCUCCGUGCGUAAAAUAAAAGUUUAACACACCAAGGAGAUUAUUUGAGAGAACUGGGAGCCCGGAAAACUCUCCAUCAUACUCUCCGGGAAUUGUAAAGCUGAUACCGGACGCCCAGUGAAGGAGGAUAUAUAACUUUUCAACACAUCUGUGGAAAGACACGGAGGCAGGUUGUUCCAGGAGAGCGGUGGAAUUCUCUUCGCGGAGCCGGGAGGAGUGCGCGCAGCGCCGGGUAGCAGACUGACCCAAAGGACGGCACUUCGGAGACAAGGUUAUGACGGAACUGAGCUGAACAUGGAGCUUUUCUGGAUUUUGUUAUUUUCUAGCGCUUAUCCUCUUACCUGGGGCCAAGGAGUUUACGCUCCAGCCAACGCCCAGAUCGUGCACUCAGGCGCAGCAUGUAACGUCAAGGAUGAUAACAUCAGCGAGAGAAUCUACACCAUCAAAGAAGGAGACACCCUAGUGCUUCAGUGUAUCGUUAAAGGACACCCAAGACCACAGGUACGGUGGACGAAGACGGCAGGCAGCGCAUCAGACAAGUUCCAGGAAACAUCCAUCUACAAUGAGACACUGCGCAUCGAGGGCAUCCAGAGGGUGCAGGGGGGUCGCUACUACUGCAAGGCCGACAACGGGGUGGGGGUGGCUGCCAUCAAGUCCAUCCGCGUAGAUGUGCAGUACCUCGACACACCAGUGUUGACAGUGCACCAGACCAUCAGCGAUGUGCGUGGCAGUUACUACCAGGAGAAGACGGUGUUCCUGCGCUGCACUGUCAACUCCAACCCUCCUGCACGAUUCAUCUGGAAACGUGGGAACAUGCUCAUCGAACAGAGCAAGGACAACGGAGUGGACAUCUACGAGCCGCUUUACACUCAGGGUGAGACCAAGGUGCUGAAGCUGAAAAACCUAAGACCCAAGGACUUUGCUGAUUACACCUGCCAGGUGUCUGUCCGCAAUGUGUGUAACAUUGAAGAUAAGUCGGUCACCUUCAGGCUCACAAAUGCCACCACUCCUCCAAUGAUCCGGUUGUCAGUCAACGACACAGUGGUGGUGGAUCCUGGGCAGGAUGUGCUCAUAACCUGUGAGGUGACCGCAGGGUUCCCCCCACCCACAGUGAUGUGGUCGCGAUACCCAGGCCCCCUUCCCCUCAGCGCCCAAGUUCGCGGGGCCACUCUCAACCUGAGGGCCGUCACACCGGUGGAUGCAGGUUUCUACAACUGCACGGCGGUCAAUAAUGUGGGCAACCCUGCUCGCAAGAACGUCAAUCUCGUUGUCAGGACGAUGAGCAACCUGACCUUCCAAAUUACACCAGACUCCAACAAGGACAGCGAGACCAUCCAGAUGGGUCGGGACCUCAAGCUGUCCUGCCACGUCGAUGCCACCCCACAGGAUAAAGUCAACUACACCUGGUACAAGAACGGCGCACCAGUCUUCAACUCAGACAGCCUUAUCUUGCUGCGCAGUGACCCAGACAUGGCACCUGGCACCAGUAGCUUGGAGAUUGUGGACAUGAAGUUUAGAGACUUGGCUACCUACAGCUGUGUGGCUAACUUCCCAGGCAGCAGGGUGCCAGACCUCCGUGUGGACGUCAACAUCUCUCAGAACAGUGUCUCUCCUCCAAUGCUGUCGGUUCCACCAGGAGGUCAGGUGGUCAGCGUGCGAGAGGGAGGCAGUGCUGACCUAGUGUGCUUGGUGGCAGAUGGGAAACCACGUCCACCCAUACUCUGGUCACGGACAGAAAAGGACCUACUAAUGCCAUCAGGGAAGUCCAUAGUGGAGACACCUGAUGGCCGUCUGAGGCUAAAGAAUGUGAGUCGGGACAUGAUGGGGGCAUACCGGUGCCAGACUGCUCCAUACAAUGGGCUUAACAUCAAACGCCGUGAAGCACAGGUCCAACUCAACGUGCAGUAUUCUCCUAUACUGGACCCGGUCUUUCAGGAUGUGCGCUCCAGAAACUAUCAGAUGGUGACCCUGAGGUGUACGAUCUUGCGGUCCAACCCGCCACGCUUGACAGACAUCCGUUGGUUCCGUAAUGGUGAUUUAAUCCGUAUGCCCAUGCCUGACCUGAAAGAGACGCCGGAGCUAAAGUUCAAACUGGAACCCAGCAACAACGGCUCCUAUGAGUGCCGAGUCAGCAAUAGUGCAGGAACGUCAACAUGCACAUUUAAUGUUUCUGCACAACCCUACAAUGCUGAGUUCUACUUUGACACACCCAACCCAGUCCGGAUUCUGAAAGCAAAUAACUAUUCCUACAACCUGCAGUGGACACAGAAAGACCCUGAAGCCACAGAUCGUAUCAUAGGCUACUGGAUUAAUGUCCGAAAGAACAAGCAGAACCUGCUGUCGAAGCAGAUAGAUCUCAGGGGGAAGGAUCCAGAGAAGGGUGUGCUGAUGUCUCACACCAUAUCAGACCUGAGAAUCCCUCUGUCCUAUGAGGUCCGACUGGCCCCCAUCACCACCUACAGCACUGGGGACUACGUCAGUCGUAUCAUCCAGUACUCAGAACCCUACACCUACCCAAGACCUUCAGACCACGUGUGCGGUUUUGAGGAUGAGCGGAUCUGUGGUUUCUCACAAGACCGGAGUGAUGUCUUUGACUGGACAAGACAGAAUCACCUCACCCAGAAUCCCAAGCGAUCUGCCAAUACUGGCCCAGAGACUGACCGCAGUGGAACCAAGGAGGGCUACUACAUGUACAUUGAAGCAUCGCGGCCGCGUGUUCAGGGGGACAAGGCUCGUCUGCUGUCCCCUCUUUUUAAUGUGACCUCAAUCAGGGGCCCCAAGGGCUCCGGCAGAGUCCCAUACUGCGUCUCCUUCUACUACCACAUGAAGGGCAAACACAUUGGCAUUCUUAAUGUGCUUCUGAGAGUGAGAAGCAUUGCCUCUGUGGACUCAGUGGUGUGGUCGAAGUCUGGUCAUCAGGGCCCGGACUGGAAGAAAGCGUUCUUUGACAUCAGCCCCAGUGGACCCUUCCAGAUUGUGUUUGAAGGAAUUCGAGGCCCGAAUUUUGAGGGGGAUAUUGCCAUUGACGACGUGUCCAUCACUACAGGGAAAUGCAAGCAGGAGAACACUGUAGCCAGCGCAGUUUUGAUCGGUGGAUCACAUUCGCUCCCAUUGGCCAGCUGGCUGACUUUUGGCCUCUCCUGUUUCCUGUCGCUACUCUACAGAUGAUGAGCACUUGCCACAGCACCGCCAACUGUCUGCGCUGACAGACACUGCCCUGACUCACGCUCUUAUACUUCUCUCUACCCUUCUCCCUGUCUUCUCCUCUCCUUACCUGUCUUCUUACCUGUCUGUCCCUAUCCACUCGUCGUCUUUCUAUCCUUCAUGCAUCCAUUUUAUCCGUCUUGCUUAGAUAAAAAGUAACACAAAGUCUGUUUUCUCCCCCUUCGCUUUCUUUAAACAUUUCCCUUCAGACACGCAGUGUAACCAACCAACGCUCAUAUUGUAUUUAAAGUGAACAUGAUAUUUCACAUUCUCUCCUUUGUCACUCUAUUAAUCUGGUUAGAUUCACUUGUCCAUGUCGGCGUGUCACUUGUCACCUUUUCCUCUUCUUCAUCAACCUUCUUCGUCCAUGCGUGCACCCUCUCAUGUAUCUCCACUCCCUCGAACUACAAUCCUCGAUGGCCCCCUCCGCCCUAUUCCCCAGACACACCAAAGUGUCGGACACUCUACCAAAGAUGACAAAGGACCUGAGGGAAUAAAAUGAGGGAAGAGGGAUUCCAGGAAGAAAGUGAAAGAGAGCGAGAAAGUGGGAAAAACCCUCUUUUUUCACAGAGACUGUCUCCCUUUCUGUCCCAACCUUUGGGACCAUGGGAGCUACUGAAUGACAAAGAGACAGACAGAAAAAAAACAAAAAAAACAAAAACUGAUGAAUGAAUGAAUGAAUGAAUAAACAUAUGAACUGUGAAGAAAGGACAAACAAGAAACAGAGGAUAAAGAAGGGCACUCCUGGUAGCCUCUCUGCUUGCCCUCUGCUUGACACAAGAGACAAACCUCAGUCCGGAUUAUACGUGUACAUUUAUCUAUAUAUACUAAAUAUAACAAAGUUUAAACUAAAACACAACUAGGACAGUGGAGGACUUUACAAAGUGAAAUUAAAGAAGCACAACGUUUAUACAACCUCUGCUGUUCCUUUGGGUUUUAUUCUACUUAUUAUGUGAUGUUGCAAUUUGUCAGACCAACUCAAUGUUUUUGAUAUUUUACUUUUUUUGUUUUGUUUUGUUUAUGGCGUUAUAAGGGUCAAGGGCAAUGGGUAAUAAAGUAUUAUAUUAAUAUUUAUGAGAGGAAGAGAAGAUGAUUUUUGAUCCAGAAAGUGAAUUGAGCAUGUGGAGGGCUGUGCGAGGAUGACCCAAGCCACCUGGAUAGAAAUCUAAACUUUUCGAACAUACUUUGUGAAGACACGCACACACACACACAAACACACACACACACAAAUAUGCACUCAGUUUUCCUUCCCAACAUUACAGCCAGCCCCUUGGCUCACCCUCUGUCUCCAAAACAUGCCUCGUCUUUGAAUGACGCAGAGGGAAAACCAUACAUAAAAGAUGCACCUUUCACAUGUCUGCUCCUUUGCCGUGAACUUCCCGUCACUGGACAUCAUGACGCAGAUGUCUGGAGUUAUCAACCGCAACAGAAUAGCUGGACAUGCCUUUAAUGAGUUUGAAGAGAAAAAAGUGGUGUGGUAUAGGAGGCAGGGAAGGGCCAGGGGUGAGUUCAGUUGAACAUAUGAUCAGUGAGCACUUCUUUCUCCACAGGUUAUUGAAUGUCAUGUAUGAAUUUCCCAUACACUUGUGAGUGAAAGAUGGAGAAAACUAUCAGUAUCUGGUGGGUGUGCAGUGUGGAUUGCAUAUCAUAUUCUCUGUCAUUGUUUAAUUAACACUGAAUGUCUGUAGUGUAAACAGUUUUCAUAAUCACAUAGAUAUGAUUGUUAGUUGAGAAAUACUCAUAUCUAUAGAUCUGUAUACAAUAGUUUAUGAUUGCAUUUAAGAUCGCCUUUCAGUCUGCAGAAAAAAAACAACUCGUCUGAAAUGCAUUGAAACGGGCACUUCCCUCAUCAUUUAUCAGUUCUGAUUUAUAAUUAUCUGUGUAUUCAUCAUCUGUGUAUCCAUUAAUCGCUGCUGUAGACAUUUCAAUCGUUCAGGGGGAUAGUGUGUUAGCAGUGUGCUGCAUCAUGCUUCAACUUAAGAAACUCUAUAUUCUCCGGUCAGUCUGCUCCACCAACUGAUCUGCUUCAUUACAUGUGCAUUAAUGUAGGUGUGAAUCAGUCUUUUCCAGCACCUUAUGUAAUUCUGUCUGUCUUUGUCAUGUCAUGUUGAUUUGAUCAUCGCACUUGUUUUUUGUUUUUCUUAUUUCAUUUUGUAUUUGUAUUUACCGUAAGCUGAUGCUGAUUGUUAUGUGUCCAUUAUACUGUAUCAUUGCCAGCUUUCAGUUCCCACAAAGGUCUGUAGGGCAUGUUGGACAAAUCUGUGAAAUGCCACAGACAGUAGUGUACAAUGAGAACAAAUUAAAUAAGCAACAUGAGAAAACUCUCAAGUUUCCAAAAAUGCUUCCUGUAUCUUAGCUUUAUGUCUCUCAUCAUUCAUUUACUUUAAUCUGAUGAGUGCACUUAACAGCAGGUUACCCUGUUCCUGAAUGAAA